AGUCUAUGACAAGUUCUCGUUGAUUUCAAUCCUCGUGAUCAUGAAGGCAGUUUUGUUGUGGUUUGCGAUUAUCGCAAUGGUGACAGGUGACGACGUUACUGACACAACAACCGAUUUAUUGAAUGCUCAAAGGGAAUUAACAAGUGCACACGAAAGAGCAGAAUCGGAAUAUCAAAUCAACCGAAACAUUAUUUCAUCUUACAUUGCAAUUGUGGAGCAGCAAUUGUUGGACAGUUUUAUGGACACUUAUUCCGAAAUUCAUAUGCUUGUUGACGAAACGACAGAAAUCUUCAACACUGAAUUUGAAUCGAGUCCCUGCAUUGACACUGUUAGGGCAAGAUGGAAUUUACAAGUUCAUCGUUUUGGUAACAGGCUGAGUGAAUGUUUAUUGAAUUCUGUGGCUGAAGUGAAUGCCUGGAGUGAGUUCGUUAAUAAUCUUCAUGUAUCUGCCCAAGGCACAACCAAUCAAUUUGCAAAUGCUGGUGUUGCUGAAUUAGCUGAUCUUGAAGGAUACGUUGGAAGCAAUUUAUUGAGUACUGGAAUAAACGAACGAUUGGUUGAGCUCCUUGCUAGGUCCGAUCUAUAUUUUGAAACAUUUGAAGAAUUCCGCGCAUCCGUUGUCAAUAACGAAGAAGAGAUUAUCAGACAAUUAACUGAGUGUGAUCGAGCGAUUGCAGCGGCAAGUGCAAACGAAGCAAGAGAAGACCUGGCAUUAGCGAGAGCUUGUACUUAAAUUUUCAAAGCAUCAAACUUGAAAAAAAAAAUAAAACUUGAAAUUUAACAAACAA